GCAAAAAGACGUACAAAACAAAAACAAGCGAAUAAAAACAUAAAUUCCGGACUGAAAUGGAUAAACUGACGACAAUUAGCGCAACACUGUUCAUGGCGGCCGAUGUGUUUGCGAUAGUGAGCCUGGCAUUGCCGGAUUGGAUCAUCACGGAGUCGGGAACGGGUGACAUUCGACUGGGGCUGAUGUGGACCUGCAUGACGCUAUAUAACCGGCCCCAGGUGUGCUACACCCCCGACCUGCAGCCGGAGUGGCUGAUCGCCUUGAUCUGCAUCUUCGUGGGCUGCAUCUGCGUGACCACCACCGUGAUCCUGCUGGCCUCGUCGUCCUGCAAUCGCAAUGUGAUUCCCUAUGCCCGCUGGGUGGGAUUCACCGCCAUGGUGCUGUUUUGCAUGGCGGCCGUCGUCUUCCCGCUGGGAUUCCAUGUCGAGGAGAUCGGCGGACAGGCCUACCAGCUGCCCAACACCUUUAAGAUCGGCAUAUCCUACAUCAUGUUCGUCCUGGCCCUCUGGAUCACCGUGGUCUCCGAGCUCUUCGCCGGCAAGGUCUGCCUACCGCAUUUCUAGAGACGCGACCACGGCAUCGCUAGAUUCCUAGUUUUCUUUGCAGUUUGCUCUGUGAUUUGUUAUACCUUUUGUUUCUCCCUGAUUUUUCUCGCUCUCAAUCAGUAGAGUCGAGACCCAACUCCAUAUCUUAGUUAUUGUAAGUCCUGUUAGUGAAAUGUCGCGCAUAUGUGCUAUAUCAUGUGCUAUCAGGCUCCCAAGAUGAUCAACAUCAUCCUUAUAAAUUAAAGCUAUUCCCCUUCAUAUUCUUUUGAAUAUUGUAAGUGUUAAGAUCACUUUUAUAAACCUUAUUUUCAAACUAUUUUUAGAAACAAUAUGAUUUAAGGAUUGCAGCUCAAAAACAUUGAAUCUGUGUGUAAAAAAUCUCUUAAAAUAAGCGUAGUUUUGUAACCAUUUAGUUAGUACAAUUUUGUUAAUAUAAUAUACACUGAAGAAACAUU